GGCCUGCUCCGGGCUCCGCUCCGUCUGCGCCAGGCUCGCAGUUUGCCGGAGGGACGGUAGCCAUCCACCUGAGGGAGAUCAUAAUGGCCCAAAGGAUUUUUAGAAUAUGUUUCCUGUUUUGCUUUCUGGCUGCAUUCUUCAUCUCUGCCCUAACUGAAGAACACGUAGGAGAGAGUCAACAUACAAAUAUUCGUCUUGAUAAGAACUUGGUACAAGAUAAAGACCACAUCAUGGAACAUUUGGAAGGUGUUAUUGAGAAACCAGAAUCUGAGAUGUCUCCACAUGAGUUGCAGCUUCAUUACUUCAAAAUGCAUGAUUAUGAUGGCAAUAAUUUGUUAGAUGGGUUAGAGCUUGCUACUGCUAUAUCACAUGUCCACAAAGAGGAAGGUGGUGAACAUACCCAGGCAAUGAAAGAAGAAGAGUUGAUUAGUCUCAUAGAUGAUGUCUUAAGAGAUGAUGAUAAGAACAAUGAUGGAUAUAUUGACUAUGCAGAAUUUGCAAAAUCACUGGAAUAAAGUUUUGCAAGGGGCCUGUUUCUCCUUCUGGCUACAGGGAAAUGUGAACCAAUGUAAUGUGAUUCAUUACCAUCUCAUGACAACCCCUGUGCUGUGAGAAGGAGAGGUGUACCAGUUCCAUCUGAAUUUAUUUGAAAGUUGUAUGUGUUAAGAGAUUGGCUAACUUUGAGCAAGAGCCACAUUUCACUAUAUGCAGCUACAUAUUUCUUUCUUGAAGCAUUGAAGUACAUAGAGUACUCUUUCAGUACCUGUGUAUGAAUACUUCAAUAGUUUAUACACAACCUAAAUUUCAAGGGGUUUCUGUCAUUGGGUUAUAUACUAUUUGUUUGCUUACAUCUUCUAUUUAAAAAUACUUGGAAAGCAAGAAAAUAUUACUGCAUAUAGUUGUAUUUCAAGGAUAAAUGUCCUUACCUUACUUAAUUCAAAGGAAAUUUGUAUAUAAGUACAGGUGCUUGAAACAGCAAUUGUACAGGAAAAACUUUUGAAUGUGGUUUGUUUGAGGUCCACAUGAUACCAUGUGGGCUUUAACACAGUCUUUGAAGAAAUGGAGUAUUUUUAAAUAUGUGUACUUCCUAGCAUAGCGUUUUUCAAUUUCUUCAUGUUUCUCACAGAUUUACUUUUUAUAUCUUAAUUCACGAAUUUUUUUGUCUCGACCUUCUGUGGUAUUUUCUUAAGAAAAUGAAAAUAUUUUUAUUCCCUCUAAAUGUUGUACUAAAGCUGCAUUUACUAGAGUACCUUCUGCUUAUCUCAUUUUGAAGGUCACAUUAACAGUAAACCAGUUUAAUAUGAAAGAUUUAGUUCAAUGUGGGUUGGAUAAUCUAAGUGAGCAAGUAAUGCUGCCUUGUUAAGGUUUAAGUUCAUAUUCCUUGACAUUUAAAUUACAGUAUUACUUUCAGGAAGUGUUUCAUAACAGUUUCAAGAUACUUGAGUGUUUGCAGAAUAACAUGGUUCUUGGAAUGUUUUCAGUGUCUUGACUCAAUUCUUAAGUCCAGCAGUUUAAAUAUAUUAGAGAAGUGAUGUUUUGUUGUGUUAUUGAUACUUGGUGACUCAAAAACAUAACUGCAUUAAAUCAUUAUCCAUUAAUCAAGAAUCUAAAUGUUAGCAUAUUUCUGUGAAAUGUAUGAAGAGCUAUUUUCUGUACAAAAUUAUUCUUAUA